AUGUCAGGCACAAACGGUGGUGUUCCGACAUACAUUCAAACAAACACUUGUACAAAGAAUUCCAACAAGCCUAUCCACCUGGCUUUUCUGUGGUAUCCAUCCGAAACUCCCAAUAUCUUUAGACAACGCCUAGCCACCCGAAAACCACACAUCCCUCUCACGAAUAAAAAUAGUAAUGUCAAUAGAAAAGUAGCCUAG